GCAGUUCAAGGUCAUUGAAUAUUUUUAAAAAGUGGGGGCACUGACUGAAAAUGCGCUUAAAUGUAAAUAGUAAAUGCAUUAAGCCGCGUCGGCUUUUUGACAAUAGAGCGCACUUGAUGUUUACGCACUAAAGGCUGGAAGUGUGCAAAAAGUAUUUGUAUUUCUUUAGAUAAAUUGACACUAAUUUUGUAUUUUAAAUGUAAAUGUUGAUGCGAGUGUAAACAGACAAAAACAGAAUAACGCAACCUCUCUUUUCUCGUAUGGUUAUACUAUAUAUUGCAAUCAGCUGAUUCUCCCAUUUCUCCUAUCAUACAGUCUCAUUGUAUUGACGUCGUCAUUGAAAUGAAUGGACUUGUCACAAAGUCGAUUGGAGUCGAUUAGCAGUCUGUGCCUGUAUUUAGAAAAUAGAUAAGACAGUAUGUUAUGAUGUAUAGCGUAUCAGUUAUAAAACAGUUUAUUGUGCAUAAUUGAGUUGAUGUAUCUAACAAUAAGUGAAAAUAUAAUUACUAUAAUAUAUGUUUACCAUUAUCUGAACUAAUGGCAGACAAUGAGUUAAUAGAAGCUAAUCCUCGAAGUUGGAUCUGGAAUUGGUUCAGCUGGUCUGGGAAUUCUACAGCAAUGCUGAGAGCAGCUGAAAAGAAAAUACUUUCACAUUUGAAAAGUGCUUAUCGGGGAUUAUACGUCGAUAUAGGAGCUUGUGUUGGUACAUCAGAUAAAAUUUGGACGAUUUCAUUGAAUGAAAAAUCUCCUAAAACACCUAUCGUACUUCUCCAUGGACUAGGAGCUGGAGUAGCAUUAUGGUGCCUUAAUCUUGAUAGUCUGUCACAAGAAAGACCAGUUUAUGCAAUAGAUCUCUUAGGAUUUGGCAGAAGUAGUAGACCAAAUUUUAGUAACGAUGCUCAAAAAUCUGAAGCUCAGCUUAUACGUUCCGUUGAAGAAUGGAGAAGAGAAAUGGAGUUAGACAAAUUUGUUUUAUUGGGACAUUCUAUGGGAGGUUUUCUUGCGGCUUCAUACGCAAUACAAUACCCCAAUCGAGUACAGCAUCUUAUUCUUGCCGAUCCCUGGGGAUUCCCAGAAAAACCAGCGGAUGCAAAUACGAGAUAUAAUAUACCUUUAUGGGUGAAAGCUAUCGCUUUUAUGGUACAACCACUUAAUCCUCUUUGGGCAGUACGGGUUGCUGGUCCUUUUGGUCAGUGGCUUAUAGAAACUACGCGACCGGAUAUUGUAAAGAAAUAUGUGCCAGUUCUUAAAGAUGACGCGAAUAUAAUUUUCCAGUAUCUCCAUCAAUGUAAUACUCAAACUCCCUCUGGAGAAAGUGCAUUUCAUGCUAUGAUGGAAGGCUUUGGUUGGGCAAAAAAUCCAAUGAUUAAUCGAAUUGAUCAAAUAGAUGAUGAAGUACCAAUUACAAUGAUUUAUGGCAGCCGGUCGUGGGUCGAUAACUCUGCAGGAGAAACAAUUAAGCAAAAACGAGCUAAUUCUUAUGUUAAUAUUCAGGUCAUAUCAGGAGCUGGUCACCAUGUUUAUGCCGACAAAAGUGAAAUUUUUAACAAACAUGUUCUUGAAGCUUGUGCUUUGAGUGAUAGUUUUCCUAAACUUACUUCAAAACACGUCAAACAAACUUCCAGAAUUUUACCUCGUAAGCUUCCUCCAUUACCAAUUGACUCGACAGAUUCAAAAUCAGAAAAUGAAGAUGAUAGUCAGGAAGAAACAUUCCCCGAAGAAACGCCAACUGAUAUGGAACCUAAGACAUUGCAAUCGAAAUCAACUUAAUUUGAAAAAUAUUUUAAUAGGAUAAAAUUAUUUAAAUCAAUUAAUAAUAUUUCGGAUUAUAUUUAUAAUAGCUCACUAUUAAAUAAAAUAUAAAUAUUUCUCUACACGUGGUGAGAUUUUAAGGUGAAUAAUUAUUUUGUGUUAAUUGUG